AUGUCCAACCAAUAUGGCUCCAUGCCAUUCCGCAACCCCAACCGACAGCAAUCUCGACAAAUGUCCGUCGACCCUCACAAUGAGCUCAACGUCGAGAAGAACCACUACAUUGGCAUUGAUGUCGGCACGGGAAGUGCUCGUGCUUGUAUCAUGAACGACAAGGGCGACAUUGUCGGUCUGGCCAGUGAGAACAUUGGCCUGUGGCAGCCAGAGACCGGUUACUACGAACAAUCGACAACCAACAUCUGGCGAUGCAUCUGCUCGUCCAUCCAGCGAGCCAUGUCCCAGCACAACAUCGAUCCCAACACCAUUCGCGGCAUUGGCUUUGAUGCCACUUGCUCCUUGACCGUCUUCAACUCCGAGACCGACGAGCCCGUCUGUGUCACGGGUCCGAAAUUCAACAAUCAAGACGGCAAUGACCGCAAUGUCAUCCUCUGGCUGGACCACCGACCUGUUGAGGAGACCAAGAAGAUCAAUGCCACCAACCACAACCUGCUGAGAUAUGUCGGUGGACAGAUGAGCAUUGAGAUGGAGAUCCCAAAGGUUCUCUGGUUGAAGAACAACAUGCCCAAGGAGUUGUUUGACAAGUGCAAGUUCUACGAUCUUGGAGAUGCUCUCACGCACAUGGCUACGGGGAGUGACGCCCGAUCAUUCUGCAGCACUGUCUGUAAGCAGGGAUACGUUCCUGUCGGCGUCGACGGCAGUGUCAAGGGUUGGCAGGAAGACUUCCUCAACGAGAUUGGCUUGAGUGAUAUCUGUGAGGAUAACUUCAAGCGAAUGGGCGGUGUUGACAAAGUGAACGGCCGCUACCUCACCGCCGGUGAGCUUGUCGGCACUCUCUCUGAAAAGGCUGGAGCCGAUAUGGGCCUCCCAGCAGGUAUUGCAGUCGGCAGUGGUGUCAUUGACGCCUACGCAGGCUGGAUCGGAACUGUAGGAGCCAAAGUCAACCUCCGCGGAGACAGCCACCUAGACGCCGACAAGCCCAAGAACGACGUCUCCCAAGCCUUUACCCGAUUGGCAGCGGUAGCAGGAACAUCCACCUGCCAUCUCGCCAUGUCCGAGAAGCCGGUGUUUGUGAAUGGAGUGUGGGGACCAUACCGUGACGUUCUCAUCCCCGACUACUGGCUCGCAGAGGGAGGGCAGUCGGCAACCGGAGAACUGCUCAAGCAUGUUGUGGAAACGCACCCAGCCUUCCAAGAAGCCAUGUCGGUAGCGGAGACGUUCAACGCCAACAUCUACGAUUACCUCAACGAGCAUCUUGCAGAAAUGCAAGAGAAGAUCAACGCCCCAAGCAUCUCCUACCUUGGCCGACACUUUUUCUUCUACGGCGACUUAUUCGGCAACCGUUCCCCCGUCGCGAACCCCGACAUGAAGGGCUCGGUGAUUGGACUCAGCAAUGAUAAAUCCAUCGAUGGACUGGCCCUGCAUUACUACGGCACGAUGGAAUUCAUCGCGUUGCAAACGCAUCAAAUCAUCGAACAGAUGAACGCUGCGGGACACGUCAUCUCGAGUAUCUUCAUGAGUGGUUCGCAAUGUCAGAACCCCGUCCUCAUGUCUCUGAUGGCCACGGCUUGCGACAUGCCGGUCUUGAUCCCACGGUACGUGCACGCGGCCGUGGUGCACGGCGCGGCGAUGUUGGGUGUCAAGGCCGCGAGCACGGACAAGGAUGGCAAGAGCGAGCCGCUUUGGGACAUCAUGGACCGGAUGAGCAAGCCUGGAAAGGCCGUCUAUCCCAACAAGGAUGAGACGGAGAAGAAGUUAUUGCAGGCCAAGUAUAAGGUGUUUUUGGAGCAGUGUGAGCAGCAGCAGGGAUACCGGAAAGAUAUCGAUGCUGUGGUGGAGGGUUGGAAGAGAUGA